AGCGAGAGAGGAAAAAAAAUAGAAAACUCGAAGUUUGUCGGUGGGUCCUGUCCCGUGGCUGGACGGAGAGAGAUGCAGCUGAGGGCGGCUGCUGAACUCGCACCAUAAAUCCUGCUCAGAGGGGGACGCGAGCGGAUUUGAAGAACGCAGCCGGAGUUCCGAGUCCUUGUGCGAGGAGGGAGGAUGUGAGUGAAACCGUGGGGGACUGUAGAGAAAUUUUUCCCCCUCCUGAGACAAAAGCUGUGUGUGUUUUUGGACCGGUGUGAGGUGGAGCAGCGCCCGGCUGUACCGUAGGAGGGCCGAUCGUUGCUCCAUUACACUGGCGCCCAUGAACUGAAGCAGGACAAAAUGGCGGCGGCAGCGGGGACGGUGACGGGAAGCCGGGCGGCUUUUAGCGCCGACAGCAACACGGUGACCGGCAGCCGCAGCAGCAAGAGCGCCGAGUCGAGGGAAGAAGAGCUGGGCUCGGCCCAGAGGCAGCUCGCCUCGUACAGGAAGCACCUCCGCAAAGUCAAGAGUGUUGACUUCGAUGCCUCGGUGGAGAAAGAGCCGAGUGGCGACCCGUGUCCUCAGGCCGAGCCCGGCGCCGAACAGCCCGCGCACUUCGGCGGGUGCAUUGCGGGAGGAUCAGCGGCAGGGUAUGGCGGAUCGGCCGGGGCCAUCCUCAUGGAUAUAGGCGCUCCUUUCAGUCGAGACAUCGAAAACAAGGAGACACUCAAGGGGUUAACAAAGAUGGAUGACCGCCCAGAAGAGCGCACAAUUAGGGAAAAGCUCAAGGUGACGUGCAUGCCAGCCUGGAAGCAUGAAUGGUUAGAAAGAAGGAAUAGGCGAGGACCUGUAGUUGUGAAACCAAUUCCAGUGAAAGCAGAUGGGACAGAGUUUGGAAAGCAAGCAUCUGACUGUCAAACAAAUGUAAAUGCCUCUCCACAAAUGCAGCGGGGAAGGCGUAGUCCUUCCCCUGGUAGUUCAUCAUCAUCACCCACAUCCUCCUCCUCCUCAUCGUCAAAAAGUGUUGCAAAGUCUGAAUCUCCUGGUGUAAGGAGGAAAAGAAUAUCACCAGUUCCUUUUCAGAAUGGACGUGUGACUCCUCCUAGGAGAGCUCCUUCACCCGAUGGCUUCUCACCUUACAGCCCUGAAGAAACUAACCGUAGAGUCAACAAAGUAAUGCGAGCACGGCUAUAUUUACUGCAGCAAAUAGGGCCAAACUCCUUCCUCAUUGGAGGCGAUGUUCCAGACAAUAAAUACAGGGUGUUUAUUGGUCCUCAGACCUGCAGUUGUGGACGUGGAACAUUCUGCAUUCAUGUUCUGUUUGUUAUGUUACGAGUCUUCCAGUUAGAACCUUCUGAUUCAUUGCUAUGGAGAAAGACGUUAAAAAACUUUGAGGUGGAGAGUCUAUUUCAGAAGUACCACAAUAGACGGAGCUCCCGCAUCAAAGCACCAUCCCGUAGUACCAUACAAAAGUUUGUUUCCCGUAUGUCUAAUUCGCAUAUAUCUGCUUCAUCUAGUACAUCAACAUCCAAUUCAGAAAACAGCUUGAAGGAUGAAGAAGAACAAAUGUGCCCCAUUUGUCUACUGGAUAUGCUGGAUGAGGAAAGCUUAACAGUGUGUGAAGAAGGCUGCAGGAAUAAACUUCACCAUCACUGCAUGUCAAUCUGGGCUGAAGAAUGCAGAAGAAACCGAGAGACUCUGAUCUGUCCUCUUUGUAGAGCCAAAUGGAAGUCCCAUGAACUACACAGCCACGAAUCUCAAAGUUCAAUACAGGUUCAAAAUCAGCCACAGGAUGUAGCUGCACAGAGACGACAGCAGGACAGUGACUUCAGCCUUCACCAUUAUGGUGUCCAGCAAAUUCCACACUCUUACAAAGAGCUGACAGAACCCUGGAUUCAGAUAUUUGGAAUGGAACUUGUCAGCUGUCUCUUUUCUCGGAACUGGAAUGUACGAGAGAUGGCAUUAAGACGUCUUUCACAUGAUGUUAGUGGUGCCUUGCUAUUGGCAAAUGGUGAAAUCCGUACUGGAAGUUCCUCCUGUAGUAAUGGAAGUGACACUGGAUCUAGUUGUCUAAUGGGAGCCAAUGGAUCAUCUCAGACUGAUAUCUCAGGAGACGUGGUGGUGGAGUCAUGUUGCAGUGUACUCUCUAUGGUCUGUGCUGACCCAGUCUACAAAGUAUAUGUUGCUGCUCUGAAAACCUUACGAGCCAUGUUAGUGUACACACCUUGUCAUGCAGCAGCAGAAAGGACACGACUUCAACGACUUCUUAGGCCAGUGGUUGAAACUAUAUUAGUCAAAUGUGCAGAUGCUAACAGUCGUACAAGUCAACUUUCUGUAUCUACGCUGCUGGAAUUGUGCAAAGGCCAGUCAGGGGAGCUUGCUGUGGGCAGGGAAAUUCUUAAAUCAGGGUCCAUUGGAGUUGGAGGUGUUGACUAUGUCUUAAACUGUAUCCUGGGCACCUCAACAGAGUCCACAAAUUGGCAGGCUUUGCUUGGUCGCCUGUGUCUUAUUGAUAGACUUUUACUGGAAUUCCCUGCAGAAUUCUAUCCUCACAUUGUUUCUGGUAGUGAGGGUCCAGUUGCUCAAACAGAACUUGUGCUGGAAAGAUACAAGAAGCUACUGUCACUUUUGAACUUUGCACUGCAGUCGAUUGACAAUUCCCAUUCAAUGGUUGGGAAAAUGUCCCGGAGAGUCUUUCUCAGUGCUGCACGAAUGGUUGCAAGGGUGCCUCAUGUUUUUUUGAAACUGAUACAUAUGCUGAGUGUAACCAGCUCAACUCAUUAUACACGUAUGAGGCGGCGCUUGAUGGCUAUUGCGGAGGAGAUGGACAUUCUUGAUGCCAUUCAGUUGGGUAUAGAGGACCUACAAACUGUGGAAGGAAGACAUGAUAACUUUGUAGAACCCUCAGCUCCACAUAACUCGCCAAAUGUUACGGAAAAUAAUUCCCCAAUUAACACAGUGCAGUUAUCUGGAAGAGUAAUGAAAAGUGUGUUGAGUCCUGAUCAUGACAUUAAAUCUAGUGUUAAAUCAGAUGAAGUGGGAGAGAUAUCAGGAAACACUUCAACAAUAAGACUUCCAUCGAAUUCGGUGUCCUGUGAACAACCAAAGACAGCCAAUCAAGCAUGUCCCAGGCCACUGAAUCAAUGCAUCAAUUCAUCAAUGACUCCAUUAAAUCAUUCCCAAUCUCCCUUCCCAUCCUUGCCUUCUCCUUCAUCAUCAAAUCCUUUAGUUGGACAACAAGCUAUUGAAGUUUCCAAAUUAAGACCUCAGGGUUUGGUUCCUAGCAAACUUGCAUCAUCUUCCCCAAAAGCACAGCGUAAAUUUUUUCUUCAGAUUCAGAACAACUGUUCUAAGGAUAUUACUGGAGCUAAAGAGACUGAAAAGCUGUCUCCGGUUUUUACCCAAGCACAGCCCCCUGCAUCCAGUCAGAUUCAUAGACCAAAACCAUCUCGGCCGUGCCAGAAUGAAGCAGGAAAAUCGUCAUGUGACUUGAGUAGGAGGAGUAUGAUGCUUGAACUAAAAGAUCUGACACUGAGUGACCACUCUGGCAGCAAUCCAGUUAUUCCCAGUGUUGAAACAGUUUUCACUCCUGUGGAGGAUAAUUUUCACCUUGAUACUUCAGCAGAACUAAACUCUAGUAUGGAAGAUCUGCUUGAGGCUUCGAUGCCUGCAUGUGAUAGUACUGUUACAUUUAAGUCUGAAGUUGCUGUGCUCUCUCCUGAGAGGGCAGAGACUGACUGUACCUACAACGAUGAUGUUAACCAGAAUCAAAAAUGCAAAGAAAAGAUGGAAGCAGAGGAGGAGGCAGCACUAGCUGUUGCCUUAGCUAUGUCAGCAUCCCAGGAUGCCCUUCCUGCUAUUCCUCAGCUGCAAGUUCAGAAUGGAGAGGAUGUCAUUCUCAUUCAGUUAGAUACACCAGAAACCCUACCUGGACAUACCAAAGCAAAACUUGCUUACAGAGAAGGUGUAGAAUGGUUCAAAGGCCAACAGAUUGGGCUAGGGGCCUUUUCCUCGUGUUACCAGGCGCAAGAUGUGGGAACGGGGACAUUAAUGGCUGUGAAACAGGUGACUUACGUCAGGAACACAUCUACUGAGCAAGAAGAAGUGGUACAGACUCUAAGGGAAGAAAUCCGUAUGAUGGGACACCUUAACCAUCCUAAUAUCAUUCGGAUGUUAGGUGCCACUUGUGAGAAGAGUAAUUAUAAUCUGUUUGUUGAAUGGAUGGCAGGUGGAUCAGUUUCUCAUUUGCUGAACAAGUACGGUGCUUUCAAGGAACAAGUUAUUAUUAAUUACAAUGAGCAGCUGUUGCGAGGCUUGGCUUAUCUUCACGAGAACCAAAUCAUCCACCGGGACAUCAAAGGUGCCAAUCUGUUAAUUGACAGCACAGGACAACGACUAAGAAUAGCAGACUUUGGAGCUGCAGCCAGGCUGGCAUCAAAGGGCACUGGUGCAGGUGAAUUUCAAGGACAGUUGUUAGGAACCAUUGCAUUCAUGGCACCUGAGGUGUUACGGGGCCAGCAAUAUGGCAGAAGCUGCGACGUGUGGAGCGUUGGCUGUGUUAUAAUAGAGAUGGCUUGUGCCAAACCGCCUUGGAAUGCAGAGAAGCACUCCAAUCACCUUGCUCUUAUAUUUAAGAUUGCCAGUGCAACGAGUGCCCCAACAAUUCCAAAUCAUUUAUCCCCAGCAUUGCGAGACGUGGCUCUCCGGUGCUUGGAGCUUCAGCCCCAAGAUAGACCUCCUUCGCGGGAGCUUCUGAAACACCCAGUGUUCCGAACGUGGUAAAGAAUACCAUUGGGGGGGGGGGGGGAAGCUGUGCAAGAGAAAACUACUGAAACAAAGAAAAUGCCUAAGUGUUGUCCUGCAGUGCGUUGUAGAGGUACAUAAAUAGAUGAACUGGCCUCAAGUUUGAAGUAAAAGCAGCAAAGCCAAACAGAGCCUGUGUCUCAGGAAAUGACUACCACACAAGGAACUAUACUUUUAAUAUAGUAUGCAGAUGUCUUGUCAUUGUUUGUAAAAGUUGUGCCUUUUUACUGAUGAGACUUGUCCUUGUUGGUCAGAGGUGUAUUUUGUGCCAGUUAAAAGCUAUAGGGCAGUUGAGAGAAUGUUCUUCAUUGGAGCACUUUUUCAGCCAAUACCAGCAGCUGAGGGGCUCCAAUGAGUCUUUGCUGUUUUCAAACUGCCACUGGUUAUGCUUUUCUGAAGUAACACAAAGGAUAUGUCAACAUUGCCAGACUCUCCCCUUAUUAAGCUCAUUUACAAAAUGUUCUGGUAAAGGAUUUAUUUCUGGGUUUAAUGCUGAGAUAUUUGGGGGUAGAGUUUCCACCUUGAGCGCAAUCAGGCCAUUCAAAUGCGAAUUGUGCAUAGAAUUGCACUGGAGUUUGAAAUUGGAUACUAUUUGCUCGGGUUUCAAGUCACUGAAAGUAAAGUCCACCAUGAACCAGCACAAUCUGGCAUCAUUUUAGACAGUAAUGUUUUCUAUUUUGUGUACAAAAGAUGUGUUUAAUUGCGAUAACCUGAUACAGUUUUCAUACAGCUGAAAAUAAGUUUGUUUUUUAAAAAUUGCUAAGUAUUUUAAUGUGUCCUGUCCCCACUUGUGAGUAGCCCAGGUUUAAAUCACUGAAAUGGCUUUGAUAGUUUAAUUAUUAAAUAUUAAAAUCAGUUUAAUAUUUAGUUUUAAAAAGAUGUCUAUUGUUACCAUCGUGCCUUAAUUUUGAGCGCCUCUUCAAAGCCCCACAAACACAUGUGGUUAGUGAAACCAUGCCAUAUUAAUGGAAUAUCGGAUUUUGUGGGUGGAAUCAGAUUUGGGGUGCUUUUUCUAAAAAAAAAAGCAAGCACAAAAGAUCGCAAUUUGAACUAGAUUGUAAUUUGCACUUGAAAUUUCUCAAUCUUUAAUGCUGUUUUGGUUGUCUUUAGUAAACUUAAGCUGGGAGAAACCUGCGCUGCCUAGGGGAAAUUCUACCCUUUAUUACCUUCAGCAGUCCAUUUAAGUACUUGAUUUAUAGGUUUUCAAUGUGAAGACAGUGAAGUUAGAAAAUCAUUUCAGCUGAUUGGCCAAUUUACUAGAAAGGUGCCUACUGUAUCUUUGUUCAGUUUUAAUGGACAAGUUGUUUUACUAGUAGUUGAAAAGAACUCUGUGGUAUUCACUUAGGGAUUAAUUUGUUUAAUAUUCAGGGAAGGGUAAUUUUUGCAAAAAACUAUUUGUAAAAGUUCUUUGCCAUAAUUAAGCAAUUGAGUUACAAAAAAAAAUUUGAAACUGUGUCCUAUUUCUUGUAAAAUGCUGAACAAGUUGCAUUUGGAAUUCCAUUGUCAAAUAAUCAGUGUCCCUUACAGAACUUGUACAGUAAUGCAUACUGUUUAAACCUGAUAAAUAUUGAGAAUCUACUGCAGUUUCACUUGUAAUACUCUCUAUUCAACUUAAAUAUGUAAAUAUUUCAAUCAGUUGAACUUCACUUUGUUUACUGCUGUAUGAUUCUGGGAUCUUUGCGAGAAAGUCUUAUUUCCUUACAUUUCUGAACAAAAAAAAAAGCAAAAAAAAAAAAUUAUUUGAUCCUUGGUCUGCAGAUUUUGUUCAAAAGGCUUAAUUCAUUGUUUUCAUAUUUUUUCAAAUUCAACUUGAUUUUUUCCCCUCAUAAUGUCUUUUAAUAUUGAUUUUAAUCCAACUGAUUUGCCCUUCUCUACAGAAUAAUUAUUUUAAAUAUUAGCCCUUCAGUAAGUGACCUAUUUCAGGGUAGAGGUGAUUUAAAUGCUGAGAAACCUUGGUUGAUUAACAAACAUGUUGCAAAAUUACAUGCAACACCUUUAACUAUUUAAGUGCAUUAAUGUUUCCAUCACCUCUUUUUUUUCCUUAAACUAUAAAGCAGAGAAAUGCAAGUUUGAAUUAGCUGCAUCACUUUAUUGACCUUACCUGAAUUGUUGACUGCUUUGUUUAAGGUUUUCAGAAAAGAAAAAAUACAUAUUGCUGUAUUUAAAAAUAGCACUAUUUGAUUGAAAACAAAAGAAAAUAUUAUAUAUUUUGCAUCAAUCAGUCUAUUUUAAAUGGCAAAACAAAUUCUGAUUGACUUAAUCAAAAUUUAAGAUAUCUAUUAAUUCACACUGAAAGAAAAUGGCAUUUUACUUGGACUUUUUUUAUUGAAUCUAAAUAUUUUGUAAGUGUUUUAAGAAGUUGUUAGCUUAUAAAAGCUUGCAUCCUAAAGAUGUUGUCAUUAGGUAUUUUAACUCUUCCAGCAAUAAGUCUUGACUGUCUUUACAGAUUUUUAAUUAUUGUUACCACUGUAACUGUGGCAAGUUUGGUAAACAAAAUAUUUGUGUCAAAUUGAUAUACAGAGGUUUGAAAAAAAAAACAUGAGGCUGUUAAGCAUCAAUGAUGUGAGGGGUUUCUGUCUCUAUUUUCAAUUAUUUUUUAAAAGUCCACUUAUAAUGUGAAGCCCUGAAAAUGUUAAUUUUUAUAAAGAAUGUGUUAAUAUUGUGUUACAUUCCUUAUUGGUUAGAAAGGUGCUUUUAUUGCUUGAAGAGUUAAAAGGAGUACAGAGGUAUUUGUAGCAUUCUUGAUACUACUGGCUCCUUAUGUUAUUGACAACUUUGGAAUCCUAUUUGUGGUCCUUUCAAGUCAAUAAGUUUUUAAGUGUUUUCUCGUGAGCUUUAAAUGAUGCACACUUGCCAUUUUAUACUGGAGAUGUUUUUGUCAUAUUUUCACUUUCUGACAAAGGCAUUAAACUGAUGAACCUCAGCUAAUCAGUAUUAUUUCAUAGAUCUCAGCAUCUGGCUUGUUUAAUAAGUUGAUGCUUUUUAUUUUCAAAAUGUGUUUUAAUUGAGAUUUGUUUGCAUUGCCCUCAGCUUGCUGGUAAUUGUGAUGUAUUUUGUGUAAUUUUCUUUUAUUUUAUGCACAUGUGAUGUAAUAUUCUUUUUCUUUGGAUCAGAGCUGGAUUGAAAAUGUAAUGUGUAAUUAUUUGUGCUGUUCCUAUUGUUAUUUGGUACUUCUUAAAUUGUAAAUAACGUCUACUGCUGUUUUAUUCCAGUUUCUACUACCUCAGGUGUCCUAUAGUUCUUCUACCAAAGUACACUUUCACAAUGAAACUAUAUUUGCUAUGUGACUGUAAUUUCUAAAAUUUCCAGGGCUUAAGGGCUGACUUUUAUUAGCACCUUGCUGUGCAAGCAAAAUUUUUAAAAAAAUCUCUAGGGUUGAAAAAUUUGGUUAAAUGUAUCCUUUGUAAUUUUAAAUAUAUCAAAUAUUUUAAUUAUUGAAAUUUUUACCCCAUUUUGAAACAUUUUAUAGCAUAAUUUGGACCUAUUUUGGUGGGUUUUUUUGUCUUUCUAGUAAAUAAAUGUUUUUUUUGGAACAACA